GAAAAUAUAACCGGAUGCUGUUGCUUUCUCCUCCUGGCCCCUGUUCAUUCUCGAUGGCCACCAUAUUAGCUAAGGGAAAUGGCUGAGGUCAGUCGGAGAUUAGGAAGUGUGGCGUACCGCCUGUCAGCUUUGACACACUCUCCAAGUCAUUCAUUCUCCAACGCCGAAUGCCACGGAACGGUUUCCGCUACUUCGAUCGCUUGGACCUGUAACCCCGAGGUAGUAGCAGGUCAGAGGAUAUGCGAAUGUCAGCCGGUGUCGAGAGACACUCUACCCGGUCCCGAAGAAUUUGAUACUAGGAACUUUAAAGACUGUGUUCUGCCGGACAAUGAUGGGAAGCACUGUAACGGGAUACUUUGUCGACGCAAAGGUAACAACGGUGACGUGUACGAGACCUGUCUGUCUCACAAGGCACGUGUCACAUCUUGUGAUUUCUGUUCAUUGGACUCGGAUGCUAAAUCUCUUAUCACAUUAAGUACUCAGGUGAGUGAGUGUGCACCACCCCUGUACCCAGGGCGCAGCAUGUUGCCUGUCCCGCGGUUGAAGGUGUGGAAGAUGGUGUCUUGGGAGGACAGAAGUGUUGUCAUGGUUAAAGUUCACCCUGAAACCUUCAGAUCGUCUACGCAGCGGAGAGCCUUCAGCACCGGGAUCUUCACAGUAACGGGCCAGGGCUCAGCGCUGCGGCUGGCCUUGUCACGCCCUCAUCCCGCAGUCCCAGCAGCCGCCUCCAGGAGAGCAUACUGCCGCGGAAGGAAGAGUGGGGACCCGGACCUCCUUCCACUGUACUGCAGCCGGACGGUGUACUAUGACCUCCUGAGAGUGACUCCCAGCGCCACACAGUCCCAGAUCAAGACAGCGUACUACAGACAAUCCUUCCUCCACCACCCGGACAAGAACCCUGGAAACGAGGUGGCGGGGCUGCGCUUCUCCCAGAUCAGUGAGGCGUACAGAAUUCUGGGGAGCGUGGCGCUGCGGAGGAAGUACGACCGUGGCAUCCUCAGCCAGGCUGACGUCCAGGGCGCCGGUAGACCAUCUGCCAAGGAAACCAUGGCAACCAGCAGAGGUGGCCAGCAGCAGCAGCAGCGGGAGCAUGCAACCAGGACCUUCACCCGCCCGGGCGGGAAGCCCAUCUUUGACUUUGACGCCUUUUACCAAGCUCACUACGGGGAACAGCUGGAGAGAGAGAAGCAGGCGAGGGAGAGGAGGGAGAGGCAGGAGAGGGCGCAGAAGGAUGACGUGGCUAAGUGGAAGGCGGGGAAGAUGCUUGAGAUGACGGUGAUAAUGCUGCUGGCCACGGGAGGCUGUGUCCUGUUCAGCCUCAGGUCGUGAGGAGGACUGGGAACACAAGGCACACCUGAGCAGAAGCCGUUACAGCUCAGUGGGACAGUGUUUGCUGAUCGAGAGCUCGCAGGUUUAAAUCCCUGGUGCUGUGGGGGAAGAGUUGUGCUUUCUGGCUUGUGUGGAGUCCUGUUGUCCAGAGUCCAGUACGUAGGCACUGUUAGUCACUUUAGUCCUAUAGGAAGUUAGGGUAGACUGUACACCUACUAUUGACCUAAACAUACAUAGAAAGCACCUGUUUUACUUCUAUGUUUCAUUAUUAUCUAAUGAUAUAUUUAUUGACAGGAUUAUUUAAACAGGUAUGGUGUACUUAUAUGGAGUCAAAAUGUUAACUAAAGAUGGCCCUAUAGCAGUCUCAGAGGUACAGACGUUUUUCCAAAGAUUACAACCAGAUAUUCAGACAAUAUAUAAUAUAAAUGUCAAUAUAUGAAGAGUGCCUUGGUCUCCCAUUUCCGGAAGACAGGUGGUUAUGUAUUGAAACUCUCCAGAAGGAAACAAGCCCUCCUCAUGAUCCCCCUCAUGACCCUCUGUGGUUGGACACCAGUACAGGAAGAAUAAAGACCACUUUCAUAUCCCAACAUACCAACAGAGCAGGUGUUUGGAUUUGUCUGAUACUAUUGUGAUAUCCAUGCAUGCAUAAUAGGUCUACAGCAAGCACAAGUUCCACUUAUGCAAUAAUUAAUAUGUAAAGCAAUAGCGGUAUUAAUUUAGACGUUUUUAUCCAAAGCAACUGUGACAAGGAGGGUUACUAUGCCUUCCAGUCCACUAGGGAGCGCUGUACUCCACCUCAUCAUGCUGCCUUACUGGCAGAACAGAAUUGAAGUGUAAAUGAUCUGGUAACAGUUGACAACUGCACACACAAAUUUCUGUAAAAACUUUAAAACGAGGCAAUAUACUGUGAACCAAGGAUAGUCUUUCAAUUUGUUCAUGUUUUAUUCACAUAAAUAUAAAUUAUUAUGUCAAGUUUACAUCACUUUGUACAAAAAUUACACAAACUCUUCAAAAAUCAGCCAAACAACAGAAACAUGUUGUGUGAGCGGAGGAGGAGUGUUGCGUAGCUGUUAGUGUGCUAACAGGAAGUGCUGCGUAGCUGUUAGUGUGCUAACAGGGAGUGCUGGAAGGACAGGCAGUUUGACGAGGUCAUCAAGAGGCAUUGACAGAAAUAAGACUAUAACAACGGCUGAGGAAUAAAUUAUCUUCAAAAAUACGGUUUGAAUUGGCACAUGUGGGGUUACUAUAGAGAUGGUCCCUGGUCACCCUGGCCGCGGUGUCUGGUGAGGGGCUGUAGAGAUUUACCUCACCCACUACACCCCUAGAGAGAGAGAUGUACCUCACCCACUACCUCACCCCUAGAGAGAGAGAUGUACCUCACCCAC